UUCCCGGGUGCCCGCUCCCUCUGCUCGAGAGCCGACUCCGGGUGCGGGCGAGCCCCCUACGGCGUGGCCCGCGAGUUCCAUGUGGCUGCCCAGCAUGUCUGGGCACUUUCUGCUCGCGCCCAUCCCGGAGUCCUCAGACUGCCUCCUGCCCAAGGACAUCAAACUGGCUGUGCUGGGCGCCAGCCGCGUGGGCAAGAGCGCAAUGAUAGUGCGCUUCUUGACCAAGAGAUUCAUUGGUGACUACGAGCCGAACACAGGCAAACUGUAUUCACGGCUCGUCUACGUAGAGGGGGACCAGCUGCCUGUGCAGAUUCAGGACACUCCCGGGGGCAUCCAGAUCCAAGAUAGCCUCCCCAAGGUCAUCGAUUCCCUGUCCAAAUGCGUGCAGUGGGCUGAAGGCUUUCUGCUGGUCUAUUCCAUCACAGACUACGACAGCUACCAGUCCAUCCGGCCGCUUUAUCAGCAUAUCCGGAAGGUCCACCCUGACCCCAAAGCUCCUGUCAUCAUCGUGGGCAACAAGGGGGACCUUUUGCAUGCCCGGCAGGUGCAGGCACAUGACGGCAUUCAGCUAGCCAACGAGCUGGGCAGCCUGUUCCUUGAAAUUUCCACUAGUGAAAACUAUGAAGAUGUCUGCGAUGUGUUUCAGCAUCUCUGCAAAGAAGUGAGCAAGCUGCACAGCCUCAGUGGGGAAAGGAGGAGAGCCUCCAUCAUCCCUCGGCCGCGCUCUCCCAACAUGCAGGACCUGAAGAGGCGCUUCAAGCAGGCUCUAUCUUCCAAGGUCAAAGCCCCCUCAGCCCUGGGGUGAACCGUCUCACACAGACUCAGCUCCUUUUCAUUGUGUACUUGUGCAGCUAAACAGACUGGGCUUCUCCCUUUUUAAUCACACAUUCAGAGUUUAUUUUUAUAAAGACUAUUGAUUUCCAAGUGUAUGUGUAUUUCUGAAAAUUCAAACAGUGAUUGAAGCUGUAUAGAUUUUUUUUAAUAAAAAAGACUUUUUUUUUUUUUACUGUAA